AUGAUCACUUGUGGUGUUCUCAUCCAGAACACCUACUUAAACACCAAGCUUUGUGCCAUGUAUGCAGCUUCUGGGAACAUGCCUGCAGCCAGAGUGAUCUUUGAUGGCAUUGUGUUAAAGAGCUCGUUUUUGUGGAAUGUGAUGGUUCGUGGAUAUGCUUGCAAUAAUUGUUCUCUUGAUUCUCUUGUUUUGUAUCGAGAUAUGCUUAGCUUUGGCAGAGGGGCUGAUAAUUUCACUUACCCGUUUGUUCUUAUGGCGUGUGGACAUCUUUUGCUUGUUGAGGUUGGUGAGAGGAUUCAUGGAGAGGUGGUGGUUAGUGGGUUUGAAUCGGAUGUUUAUGUGGCCAAUUCACUUGUUUCGAUGUACUCGAAGUUUGGUCAAAUGGGGAUUGCUCGGAACCUGUUUGAUAGAAUGCCUCAACGAGACUUGACUUCUUGGAAUACAAUGUUAUCUGGUUAUGUAAAGAAUGGUUAUCCGGAUGUGGCUCUUUCAUUACUCUCUUUAUUGAGUGUGAGUGAUGUGAGAAUGGAUCGCGCAACACUUGUUGGUGUGCUGCCUGCUUGCGCUGCUUUGGGUGCAGUGAAACAAGGGAAGGAAAUCCAUGCUUAUAUUCUGAGAAGCAGUCUGGAAUUCGAUGGGUUUUGGCAAAUGCUUUUGAUUGAUGUCUAUGUUAACUCUAACUUUGUGAUCGGUGCUAGGCGAUUAUUUGAGAGGAUGAGUGAGAGGGAUAUCAUUUCCUGGAAUGCCUUGAUAUCUGGUUGCGCUGCAUACGGUGAUCCAAUGGAAUGCUUGAGUCUUUUCUGUCUGAUGAACUCUGAGGGUUUGCUGGUCGCAGAUGUAAUCACACUCAUUGCAGUUCUCGGUGCAUGUGAUCGAACAUCUGCCUUGCAAUUUGGGAGGAUCACUCAUGCUUAUCUCAUCAAAAGGGGUUUUGACAAGGAGAUCAUUGUGGGGACUGCAUUGAUAGAUAUGUAUGUCAAGUGCGGGAGUUUAGCUUGUUCUUGCCAUGCUUUUGAUGAGAUGGAAUCAAAGAAUUUGAUAUCAUGGAGUGCCAUGGUUUCUGGAUAUGGACUUCAUGGGAAAGGAAAGGAGGCUAUAUCUUUUAAUGAAGGCAAGGAGCUCUUCAACCAGAUGUCCGAUGAAAACUCGAUAAAGCCUAGCAUAGAGCAUUACUCAUGUAUGGUGGACCUUUUAGGUAGAGCUGGUCAAUUAGAUGAAGCAUACAAGCUCAUCAUGGACAUGGACAUAAGACCUAAUGCUGAUGUCUGGGCUGCUCUUCUUUCUGCAUGCCAUACCCAUAGGAAUGUCGAGCUAGCAGAAAUUGCAGCAUUGCAUUUGAGAACCGAUGGACUGAUGUCGAUAGAGUCCGAGGAAGCAGCAAGGCGAAAUGGUUAUACUCCAGAUACAAGUUCUGUAUUCUAUGAUGUUGCAGAUGAUGCAAAGGAAGACUUGCUCUGGGAUCACAGUGAAAAAGCCUCCUUACUGUCCUGCAACGCCGGAAACAUGUCUCGCCUUCUUGCAUUCGUCAUAGUCCUCCUUGCAGUGGCAGCCUCCGGUGGAGCUCAGGAGCCGGCUGCUUCCCCAGAGCUCUCCACCACCACUUCAUCCCCAACCUCCAGCCCCAUCUCAUCUCCAGCUCCUAUCUCCUCCACUGGAGUCCUCCCCUACUCCAUCUUCUUCUCCAGUCUCAUCCCCAUCUCCAUCCACAUCUCCAUCGUCAUCCCCAUCCAUUGCUCCAACCACUUCUUCACCUCCACCGGAAGUGGCUCCCCAGUUGAAGCCCGGGGCCAUCGAAUGACGAGAGCCUUCCCGCAGAUAGUCCUGAAGCCGACUCCCCGGACAAUGAUAGUCCAGCCUUAG